CGAUUCACGGCAUCUGCUUGUGGCACCGCGUCACGUCGUCGUCAGUUCGUUCCGGCAUGGGCCGUGGAAAGGCCGUAGCUAGCGCGUCAUGUGAGUGCGUUGAGUGACGAUGAGGCAGGGCCGGCAGAGAGCGCCCUUCGUGGGGCCGCUCCUGCUCAUCCUGCUGAUCCUCUGGACCCGCUUCUCGAACCACGGCGGCGCUUUGGCACAGCAGAAUGACAACCAAAACUCUGAUGUGGCCAAUCGGGGUGACAAAAAAUUUGGGGACCGUUGCAUCUAUAACGAUGAAUGUGGGUUCGAAGGAGGAAUUUGUGAUGAGAGGAUGAUGAAAUGUCAAUGCAGACCUGAUCUACCAAUAACCAAUCAUUUAGAUAAAUGUGGAACCGCGAGCAGAGUAAAUGAAUCAUGUACAUUCAACGAACAAUGCGAGACUGUAAAUCAUCAAACGGAAUGCAAAGAUGGGGUCUGCAUAUGUCGAUACGAAAAAACACCUGUAAUGAAACCAGGUGGAAAUUACGAAUGUAUAUUAAUAGAGCAAAAACGUACUCCGGAAAAAUAUGUGGAUCCAGCGAUGAUAGGAAUACUCGUAGCUAUGUUUCUUAUGUUUAUUACGAUUUGCGUUGUACUACGAUUGUUUAGCAGGGCCAGAUGGCGCGAAAACCGGACCAUCUUCAACACGCCCAAUCCACGGUUGAUGAACGUCUCCCUGCUGCGUGAGAAUAAACUCCUGCACCAGGAGCGCAGGGGAUCCCGUGGAAGUGCUCGCGGUCCCAGCCGACAACCUAGUAUGGCUUCACUAAGGGCACAUUCGCCCAAUUCGCAAGGGCGUUUAUUUUUAGGUUCACGGAGAGGAUCAAGGGGAAGUAGCAACGCAUCUGCAGCUUCCACCAGAUCCAACAAAAGUCCACCCCAGGCGAAUAUGAAUUCGGCCACAACGCCAAUGUUAGAAAGCGUAACCGUCGAAGUGCAAGAGCCAAAAGCUUAAGGCGCAAAUGUUUUCGCAAGCUGAAUUGCCUCAGCUCAUCUGAAAUCACUUGGGAUAUAUUGGCAGCUGGUUACGUGUUGUCAGAGAAGCUGAGCGCAGUAUGUAGCGUUGCCAUAAUCAUAAGCAUCUAAAAAAUUUACAAUCUUAUAUAUUACUUCGGUAGUAAGUGAUGUUAGGGACCAUUGAAGGUAAAUAUUGUCCAUUCGUCACAUUUUACUCAAAUAUUUGAAACCUGUAUUAUAUUCUGUAUAUUUCUUCAUUCUUCAUUUGUAUUAACACACCAUAUUAAUAUAUCGUACAAAAGUACUAGUUUCUUCUAGACGAAGCACAAUAUACAGUUUACUGAAUUAAAUUAAAUAGCACGAAAAUAGUCUAGUUGUUUACUAAUAAUUAAUUAUAAAUAAAUAUAUUUAUACUUACCCGCUUUACUUAAUUUUAUAAAAUUAAGUUUGGUGGUACAAAAAAUACUGGGAAUAUUUUGUGAUACUACCAAAUGAAACUUAAACUGUGAUUGUAUGUUGGUAGCUUUAGUUCUACCGGGCAGAGGAAAGGUAUUGGGAAAACCUUUUUCUCUGCUCAGGUUUUAUGUCAUCGAAAAAUUAUACAAAAUUCUGUACAGUGGAGGAAAAAAAAGCUACGUUCUCACAAACAUACAAAAUGCAGUAUGCUCAUUACGAUACCUCUAUAAAUAAAUAUCUCUUUUCAAGAAAAAGUAGAAUUCUUUUCUUAGGUAUAGAUUCUUUUUGAUCUUGUUAGAUGUGACACAAUUUCUAUAUUGUUAAUGAUAAAAUAUAUGAUAAUAUAAGACACACUCGAGCUUAGCUCUGCUUGCUUUAUAUACGAGUUAUACUUAUUAAUAUUAGUGUAUAUUAAGCAAAUUUACAUACUAUCUACAUUAUUAAAUUAGCUUAUAUCUUUAUACUCUUGUACUGUAUACUGUAUUUUCAUUAUACUGUACUUGCCAAUACUUUUAAUAAAAUGCUAUCAAACAGUG